ACAGAUGUAAGAGUGGGUCUUCAGCAAAGUGCAAGAAUGGUGGAUUUCCCCAUCCAAGAGACUGUUCUAAAUGUACUUGCCCUAGUGGCUAUGGAGGAAGAUUGUGUGGUAUCACAAAUAACAUUUAAGCAAAUAUUCUUUAAGGCACCUGCUGAUUCAACAAUUGAAGUAGUGCUUGAUUCCUACCCGAGUGGCGUAGCUGCCCAUAGAUGUCACUUUCCGCAAGUUGAAAUCAAAAUGGGAAGCGAUAAACGUCACACUUAUUACAGCGUUUGGAUUUUGUUCUCCGAAAAAUGCCGGGACGUUAUUGGUCUCUACGCACAACAUCGUUCCUAUAAUUACUUGUAA